CCAAGACGUCCGCAACAUGGACUCAAAGUCGCAGUCCCUGCCUGGUGCGUUUUUUGGUGGAGCCACUCGAGCCCGUAACCAUGCGCAUCGCUUUGGUCGCCUAAUAGUGGCCUGCAUCAUCGUACAAAUCAUUAUCUUCAUCUACCAUCUCACGGGCCCACCAAAGUCGCUAUCUCGCUCAUUGGGUCUGAACACGGAGCCAGAUUUCUCCCAUCUUGCCGACCACUGCGCCCACGUUUCCCCGAUACGUGCUAAUUCUUUCGUGCGGCGGCAGCAAGCGCUUGCGGAGACCCUUCAUUCGCUGAAUGCUUCAGCCUACAUUGCCGAGCCCGGCGCGAGCGCCAGUUAUUUUGCUAAUCUGUCAGAGGCGCAAUGGUUCCUUUCGGAACGACCACUGUUGCUUAUCAUCUCACCUGAGGUCGAUGCUGAAGACCAGGUGAAGGCUCGUGUCUCAAUAUUGACGCCGGCAUUCGAGGCUACUCGCGCAAAGCUGCUUUCCAUUCCAAGUGCUUCUGAUAUAUCAUUUCCAGCAUGGAGCUUUGUUGCGGACGGCCUUCAGAAGGCAUCACCAGAGUCCAAGGUGACGCUUGCGCCUGUUGAGAUCCGGCAGCUCAGGGAGAGAAAAAUCGAGGAGGAGCUCAAGAUCAUGAAAUGCGUGAAUGAGGUCACCGUUCUAGCUAUUCGUGCAGUACGCGAGAACAUAUACAUAGGUAUGCGUGUAUUCGAUGCUCGUCAGCUCAUCGUGAAGGUGCUCUCCGCUGCCGGGCUGCAAAACCCGAGCGCCUUCACAUUGUUUGGAGAAAAUGCUGCUCUUCCUCAUGGCACCGGCACGGAUCGUGUCCUGGGGGCGCACGACUUUGCUUUGAUUGAUUGCGAUGGAUCACUGCACGGUUAUCACAGCGACGUCACAAGAAUAUUCGCUCUCCCUGGCUCCACGAUCCAUGCGGCCUACCUGAGAUUAUGGCAUCUAGUGCAUUCAGCACAGGCUAAUGCGCUCAACGCCGCACGAAAUGGGACAACCACUGCCGAAACACUCGCCGCGCAAGGCUAUGCAGAGUAUCUCACGCAUAGGCUUGGUCACGGCAUCGGUCUUGAUACGGGCAUCAGGUUGGAGGACUGUUUCUACGUAGCUGAGGAUGGGAGUGCUGUUUUGCUGACCGCGGGAGUGGGUGGUGCUGCGACCAGCCCCAGCCCAUGGGACCUUUGAGUCCAUGACAUUACCGGCAGCUCUCAUUCCCCCAUAGUAUGCUGAAUGUGGCUGCGAGGAGGGCUGUGAGGAGUGCACUCGGCAGUGUUUGCGCCGUCGAUAACAUAGACUAGGCUGUAAUUGUAAUCGUGGGAAUAUACUCACUAUUGGAA